UAGGUGCACGCCCAUCAUUAUUCAGUUUUCUCUCCUUAAAGAUCCGCAUGUACAAAAACCGCAAACCACGAAACUUUGAUUGGAAACGCGUUUUUCUAUCUUAUCUUGAGAUGAAGUAACACAGUGAAGGACCAUGCAAGUGUCGUGGUCCCUGCUGGGCCGCCGUCGGGUUCGGCAGGGCCGAUUUCUCGUGCUGGUCGCCUGCUCGGUGGCUGUAGUUUUCCUUGUCGUGACUCGAGGCAUGCUGAAACAGGACUUCCUGCCCGACAAGGAGUGUUUCAAGCACUUUACCCUUACGGAGACAGUGGUUCACGGUUCCUAUGCGAAAUGGCUCUCUGUUUUUGGCGGCUUGUUCCUGCCCCAAAACACCCUAGUCCAAGAUGUUUUCAACACUUGGUACAACUACCCCAAAAAACAAGUUGACCAGUUGAACGCCGCGGAGGUGCAGGGCGACGAAGGUUGGCUGCUAGACCUGAUCAGGGACCGUUUCCUGGUGAGUCCUGCCGCGGCAGAGACGGCCUACUGCCUGGAGAGCCCGGAGGUGCAAGACCCCUCAAUGGGACAGUCCGAGAAGAUAAUUCGGCUGCUGAGGAACAAGACGAACGGCUUCUUUGUCGAGUGCGGUGGCCUGGACGGCGAAACGCGCUCCAACACGCUCUACUUUGAGCGGUUCCUCGGCUGGAAGGGCCUGGUGGUCGAAGCGGACCCCCUUAACUUCAUGAAAAUGCUGCCGCGGAGGCGCAAAGUCUGGCUGUCGCCCACUUGCCUUAGUCUUUCUUCCCACCCGACACUGGUGUCGUUUGAGCAGAAGGAGAACCAGGGACUGAUCAGCAACCUGCCCGCCGGCACCAGCAAGGAGGGCUUCGUCGACGUUCAGUGCCUGCCGCUGUGGUCCCUCCUGCUUUCCCUCAACCAAAGCACAAUAGACUACUUCAGCCUUGACGUUGAAGGCAGCGAGCUGCCCGUGCUCAAAACUAUACCCUUCGACAAAUUAGACAUUAAGACAUUGUCAGUUGAGUUUAUUCACGGCAAAGACGGCAAGCAAGCCCUUAGAGAAUUCAUGGAGGCGAAAGGUUACGUGGUGGACAGCGAGGUGACCGACCCCAACUGGUUGGCCAACGACUACAUUUUCGUCAAGAAAGAAUUGCAGCAGACCAAAUGAAUUCACUCACUUUAAAAGACAAGGAAUAUUUACUAGCAAGUUACCCGAUCUACAUCCUCUACAUCACAUUACUUAUUCUGCUCCCACCUCUCCUACAACGAUUUCAACAAUAUUAUAAUUAUAUCCACGACUCGUAGCUUUACUUUUUGCCCUAAACUAAUUAAAAUUGUAUUUCGCACUUUAAGCGUCUAGUCACAGGCUGACACUUUGAUGCUAAUUGUAAGUUUUUAAAACUUAAAUUAGAAUGUUAUGGUGGAUUUCAAUACCUUGUUAUGAACGAAAAUAAAGUGAAAUUCAUCUUUUAUCCUUAUAA